AUGGUGUUCUCAGCGCAGUCCACAACUACGACAACCACGACAAGACCGUGGUGGUGGAAACCAACAACCACAAGGAAACCUUGGGUGCCUCCUACCACAACCACAAGGAAACCCUGGGUACAACCAACUACAACCACAAGGAAAUCAUGGGUACCAUCAACCACAAGGAAACCUUGGGUACCACCAAGCACAACAACAAGAAAUCCUUGGUGGUGGAGGCCAACAACUAAAAAGCCAUGGGUGCCUCCAACAACAACUCAACGGCCUAUUGUUCCAGUCAAAGAAUUUAAAUGUCCCUUAGCCUGGGGUAUGUAUCCUGAUCCCUUUUCAUGCAGGAAGUUUCACGUUUGUGUAUAUGGUCGAGAUAUUGCUAUGAUGUGCCCACCAUUUACCGGUUUUAGUGAUAUACAUAAGGUCUGCACAUGGAUGAAAUGUUGA